ACUGCAACAGAGAAAUGGAAGAACCCCAAACACUGUUGCCAUGAUCCUUCCGAAUUCCUCUAUCCUUCUUCCAUUCCCCCAAAAUCAUCAUCUUCAUCCACAAUUCUUCGACAUUUUUGGUAUGUAAACUUACACAGUUCGGUGAAGAAGCACAAAAAUGGCGUUGAAUAUGAAAACUCUCACCCAAGCCUUGGCCAAGACCGCCGCGGUGAUUGAGAAAACCGUUCAGACCACCGUCCAGGAGGUCACCGGACCCAGGCCCCUUCAGGAUUACGAUCUUAUCGAUCAGAUCGGCUCCGCCGGUCCUGGCAUGGCUUGGAAAUUGUAUUCUGCGAAGGCUCGUGAUUCUUCGCGGUCUCAGCAAUAUCCCGCUGUUUGCGUAUGGGUUUUGGAUAAGAGGGUUCUAUCGGAGGCUAGGGCUCGCGCGGGGUUGUCGAAGUCUGCUGAGGAUUCGUUUUUGGAUCUGAUUCGAUCCGAUGCGGGGCGGUUGGUGAAGCUGAGGCAUCCGGGAGUGGUUCAUGUGGUGCAGGCGUUGGAUGAGAAUAAGAAUGCCAUGGCUAUGGUUACCGAGCCGCUGUUUGCUUCGGUGGCAAAUGUUGUUGGGAAUCUGGAGAAUGUUGCUAAGGUUCCUAAUGAGCUCAAAGAUUUGGAACAAACGAUGAUCUUCCUAUUGCUCUUCUUAAAGGAAAUGGGAUUACUGGAAAUAAAGCAUGGUUUGCUUCAGAUAGCAGAAUCUUUGAACUUUCUUCAUAGCAAUGCACAUCUCAUUCACCGUGCUAUAUCUCCUGAGAAUGUCCUCAUCACUUCAAAUGGAGCUUGGAAACUUGCUGGAUUUGGCUUUGCAAUUCCAGUCGAUCAGACUUCGAGUGACAUGACUGCCAUGCAGACUUUCCACUACUCUGAGUAUGACGUUGAAGAUUCUGUGCUACCUCUUCAGCCAUCGCUGAAUUAUACUGCUCCUGAGUUGGUCAAAAGUAAAUCAUCUUUGGCUGGAAGUUCCUCUGAUAUUUUCAGCUUUGGAUGCCUUGCUUACCAUUUGGUUGCUAGAAAGCCUCUGUUUGACUGCUUCAACAAUGUUAAAAUGUACAUGAAUUCCUUAACUUACCUGUCAACUGAGUCGUUUGCUUCAAUUCCUCGGGAGUUAGUUCCUGAUUUGCAAAGAAUGCUCUCAUCAAAUGAGUCUCUCCGGCCAACAGCAAUGACGUUCACAGAUUCCCCAUUUUUUCGGGAUGACACAAGGCUGCGUGCUAUUCGCUUUCUUGACCACAUGCUUGAAAGAGAUAACAUGCAAAAGUCUGACUUCUUGAAAGCUCUAUCUGAUAUGUGGAAAGAUUUUGAUUCCCGUAUAUUGCGCUAUAAGGUCCUUCCACCUCUCUGUGCAGAAUUACGUAAUAUGGUUAUACAACCUAUAAUUCUUCCCAUGGUAUUCACAAUAGCAGAGUCUCAGGAUAAACAUGAUUUUGAGCUAUCAACUUUGCCAUCUCUUGUUCCUGUCCUGAGUACUGCUUCAGGUGACACAUUAUUGCUGCUUGUGAAGCGUGCCGAUCUUAUUAUUACCAAGACCAAUCAAGAAGCGUUAAUAACAAGUGUCCUGCCAUUGAUUGUUCGGGCUUAUGAUGAUAAUGAUGCUCGCAUACAAGAGGAAGGUCUGAGAAAAUCAGUUUCCCUUGCCAAGCAACUUGAUACACAGUUGGUGAAACAAACAAUUUUGCCCCGUGUUCACACCUUAGCUCUAAAGACGACAGUUGCUGCGGUCAGAGUCAAUGCUUUGCUCUGCUUUGGAGAAUUGGUUCCGAUGCUUGAUAAACACGCAGUUCUAGAAAUCUUGCAAACAAUUCAACGUUGUACAGCUGUUGACCGAUCUGCUCCUACUCUCAUGUGUACCCUUGGGGUAGCAAAUUCAAUCCUUAAGCAGUAUGGAAUUGAAUUUGUUGCGGAGCAUGUUCUUCCUUUACUCGCACCUCUUCUUACAGCCCAACAAUUAAAUGUUCAGCAGUUUGCUAAAUAUAUGCUUUUUGUCAAGGACAUUCUCAGGAAAAUAGAAGAGAAAAGAGGAGUCACUGUUUCUGAUUCUGGAGUAUCAGGAAUAAAACCCUCUCUGAUUUCUAAUGGCUCACAGUCACAAUCAUCAAGCACAGCAAGUGAUGUCUCGGUUCCAACAAUAAAAAGUCGACCUGCUUGGGACGAAGAUUGGGGCCCGACUUCUAAGACACCUGCAUCCUCACAAAGUUCUACUGGCAAUGUCUUGUCUGCUCCUGUUGUUCUUGGUGGUCAAUCCAUAGCUGGAAAUUCUAUACAAACAAAUUCUGUUGUGACGACAUCUCUGUCUAGUAAUCAAACUGUUGCAUCCUGCCUUCCAGUUGAUAUUGAGUGGCCUCCUCAGAACUCUACCAGUAGUACACCCAUAAUAGCUGAUUCUGGGAUGCAAGCAACUACAGGAUCAUCAUCCACUUCAAGCUUGGAUGGCGAGGACCCUUUUGCUGACUGGCCUCCACGUCCCAGUGGAUCAUUAGCUGGUGCAUCAGGAGCUUCAAACAACGGAGUGGUCGGACCAUCCAAGAACAAAUAUGGAACUGGUUCAUCCAUGACUACACCGAACAGUUUGAACUUUCAAACAAACGACAAUGCUAGUUGGACCCUCAACAACCAAAAUACUAGUGAACCAAUGCAAAAUCAUGGAACUUCGACUUUCAAUUCAAGCAGUCCGGGGAGUGGAGGCAUCAAUUCCCUAAAUUCUAUUGGAUUCCAGAAGCAAAAUCAGGGAAUACCAUCCCAGGUUACUUAUGAUGCCGACAAGAAAUCCACUGAUCUUGGAUCCAUAUUUGCGCCAAGUAAGAGUGAUCAUAAUAUUGCACCUAGACUUGCCCCACCCCCCACAACUGCUAUUGGUAGAGGAAGAGGAAGAGGGAGGGGGGUUUCCUCAACACCUCGUUCUACUCAAAACAAAUCAUCAUCUGGGCAACCUCCCCUGAUGGAUUUGCUGUAGUGGGUGGAUUCUCUGUAUCAGAAAUAUUUGGAAGAUACAGAUUGCCUUUUGUAGAUUUUCGAUCUUGUGGCACCCAGAGAUGGAUCUGAGGAACUGCAUAUCAGGUAUGAGUACAUUUUUUUGACCCUUGCAAGUAAAGCGUGAGUUGGGAAUGCGAGUUGAUUUUUGGUAAAUGCAUUUUUUUCUGUUUAUAAUCAAAAUUUUGAACUAGUUUAUAAUGGAAAUUUUGUAUGCCUCUCAAAGUUGUAUUAUUCAUUCAUAUAUAAGUUCCACUCCCAGUUUGUGACUAGUUUUUGAAUGACAAUAAAGGAAGUUAAUUCAUGUCUC